AUGAAGUUCCUCUUCGUUCUCUUUCUCAUUGUCGGCUGUGCUCUGGGUAUGAGGGACCAGUCCAUUGCUGUGAAGGGAACGCUUCUUUGUGGAACAAAGCCAGCGAAUAACGUACGAGUGAAACUAUGGGAAGAAGACAAUGGGCCCGAUCCUGAUGACGAACUUGACGCUGGUUACACGGACGGGAGCGGCCAGUUCUCGCUAUCUGGCGGAACUGCCGAGCUGACACCGAUUGACCCCGUGCUUAAGGUCUACCACGACUGUGACGAUGGAAUCAAGCCCGGAUCUCGUAAAGUGAAAUUCUAUCUUCCCAAGUCAUACAUCACGGAAGGACGUAAACCAAGGAAAACGUUCGAUAUCGGUGUCCUGAAUUUGGAGACGAUUUUCCCAGGAGAAGAACGCGAAUUGGUCGUCUCUCGUAGAAGACGCGACUUCUUGUUUCGUGAUGAAAAGUACUACGAAUAA